AUGUCUGGCGUUCUGUCAUCUGCUCGAAGACCAAUCCCCAGUCCGCUCUCUCUGACGGCCGCCCUGUCCGCCGCGAGCCCGUCGCCAAGCCGGUCAAACUUUCCAGCGCCAGCGACGGCUCCCAUCCUGAGGACCGCCAUCCCCUACAGUCCAACGUCACCCGUCGACGAGCCGCGCUCUCCGAGGGAAAAGCUGGACGACCUGCUGGCCACAGAGAGGACGUAUUACCAGAGCGACUCCUCUGGAAAAUCGACGCCCGAUCCGACAUUCUCAUCACCCAACGCACCCUCCCACGCCACGAAUGACAGUCGAAGUGUCUCCGACCCUGUUGCGCCCCGCAAGCCUGCUGUCAUAGGCUUGCCGAGAUCUCCGAUGCCUCCCGGCAUGGCUGCCGGUCCCUCGGCUGCUUCCCGGGCAGAGCCGACAAAGGGUGCCCCCCGAACCUCCUCCAUGGACUCCGCCAUAUCCGCUGCGACCAAGACGAGCUCGCAAAAGGGAUCGCGAGAGCUCGAGACCGAUCCGCAGGAUAUUGCCGGCCUCAUCAAGACGGCCGGCAGCCCUGAAGCAGUGAUCCAGUAUCUGUUGAAGGAGAAGCAGUCCCAGGCACAGCAGAACGCGCAGCUAUGGCGCCUCGUCGACAAGCAGCGCGCUAUGAUUCUUGGCCUCAACAAGGACCUGGAACGGUCUCUGAAGGACAAGGAGAAGUACCGUAAGAAGCUGAAGGAGGUCAUGUCCGUUCCGGAAUUCGCCAAAUCCGCGGGCUUGAAGAAGUCUGGAAGCGUUGCCGAUGUUCUGGGACGAUCAGUCCCCAAGGUGGAUGUCCAUGGCCCGACCGACCAGCAGCCCGCGGCACCCGACUCCCCUAGCCUCGACUCCGACAGCCAAAAGCAUUCUCCCACCGACCUCGCCAUGGCUCCGUACCCGAUCACGCCCCCCGCCGACCAGCCACACAAUGGCCCUCCAUCGGCUGUGGGUGAGAUGCUCGAUCCCUCUCACACAAUGCCCAAGCCUCAGGAGCAUGCGUACGAUCGAUACGACCAUGAGGCGGAAGAGAAGGCAGAACAGGUCGCAAGGCAGCAAGAUGACCAAAGACAGCUUCAAGAGCUGCCGAUCAAUCUUGCUCUGCCGCCAUCUCGAAGUUUGCCGAGCAAACCGCCCAGGAUGCCUCCUCCAAACCCCCCUGUGGGACCUCAUUCGCCUGUCGCCGGUUCACACGCCAGCCCUCAGACGGACGAGGGUCUCGCGAAAUUCCCGGCACCCCCGCCCCGCAAAGCACCACCCGCGCCCCUUCAACUCAACAAAGAACAAAGUGUGAUUCUUGACGAGGACGAGACAGAUUCCGAUUUUGAUGACAUUCUUCAAGUGAACAGGGACGUUGACCCCAAGCGCGGUCGACGGAGGACCAGAGAAGAGGACGACAGGAUGCGAGAGAUUCUUGCCCAACAGGAAGCAGAGAGGCGUAGCCUGUCAAAGAAGAGCAAGUCGCAGAGCCAGAAGAGCACGCCCACAGAGCCCGAACACCCGGGACGCUUCGAACCCAUACCGCCAAGCCCAAGAGAGAUCCCUCAGCAGCUUGCGCUGCAACAAAACGGCCCGGCAUCCCUUGCAGGCGUUCUCUCUGGAGAUCCCAUUCAGACCACUGUAGUCACUGGCCCCUUGAGCCCCGGACUCCCCCAGUCUCCUCGCCCGUUCGGCGCUGCGCCGUCAGGAAACGCAAUUUCGCUGGCAACACCUCGAACGGGGUCUCACCUGCAAUCCGCCCCCCUGUCCCCGAGACCACCGCGGCAGCCGAUUCCUCUCCCGCCGGGCACGCCGCUUGCUUCGCCGCCGAACAUGGCGGGCGAGCCAUUGUCCCUGAAGAGCCCCCAGCCACUGGCCAUUAUGAAGUCUCCAGAGACGAACCGGCAGGCAAACUCGGACAAGCCACGCGCGAGUCCCACGGAACGCAGUCGCGUCUUCAAGGGAUUUGUCUCGGAAGAGUAUCCCGACCUUCUCCUCCCUCCAAAUGCACUGCCCUCGAUCCAGAUCAAGGUUGCUUCGUCACGCAUGAAGCCGUCACGAGCCAGUGUAUUAUCCCUGACACAACUCGAAGAGGACCCCGUGUUCACUCUGGCUGUGUUCAGCCGCGCCGACGGUGCAGAACUCUGGCGCGUCGAGAAGGAUCUUGCGUCUCUUGCUAAGCUCGACCAGAAGCUGAAGAACUGCUCGACCGUGACGAUCAAGGCUCCCGAUAGGGCACUGUUCAGCGGACACGCGCCAGCGAAACUCGACGCUCGCCGCAUUGCACUAGACUACUACCUCGAAGAAAUACUGGAGACACAGCUUGACCAGACGGCCGCGACGGAAUUGUGCAAAUACCUCUCGACUCACACUCUGCCUCCAAACUUUGACGAAGCUUCAACCCCCGACAUCAUCGAGUCAGCCAACGCGAGAGCCGGCCCCGGCGGUCGACCUUUCCGCAGUGGCUACCUGACCAAGAGGGGGAAGAACUUUGGCGGCUGGAAGGCUCGCUUCUUUGUGCUGGAUGGACCUCAGCUCAAGUACUUUGAGGCACCCGGCGGAGCUCACCUUGGCACCAUCAAGCUGCCUCAUGCUCAGAUUGGCAAGCAGUCUCAACACAACGAGAACCAGUCACCAGCUCCUGGUGCGAAUGGCGACGACUUUGAUAACCAGUACCGACACGCGUUCCUCGUCCUGGAGCCGAAGAAGAAGGAUUCGAGCAGCCACGUAAAGCACGUGCUCUGUGCGGAGAGUGACAUGGAGAGGGAUCAAUGGGUAGACGCCCUUCUUCGGUGGAUUGACUACCGUGAGCCUGGCGAAGAAGACAGCCGGUCCGGAAAGGACUAUACUCACGACAGGCAUGGCUCGGUCGGAUCGGAACGCAACAUGGUGAAGAAGAAGAAGGGAAGGCCAGGCGUUUCCAAUCACCAGCCCUCCGACUCGGACAGCCUCAUUGGGGUCAGAUAUGAUUCGACAUCCCAAGGUGACUUGCCGCAUUCGGCGCCGGGACGACCCAAAACAUCUGGAGGCCCGCCGGAGCACCCAGGCCAUAACGAGGCCGCGCAGGCACCCAUGGUCAUCUCUGGCCCCAAGGACAUGCACGUCAUCUCCGACUCGUCCUCGUGGGGGAACAAGCCGCAGGCGCUUCCCGUUCCCAGCUACGAGGAGAAGAAGCAGCGGAAGAGGAGCUUCUUCGGUUUCGGACCGAAGACGACAAGGUCGUCUGGUGACGGUGGCUCGGAUGGGCUUUUUGACGGCAGCUCCGCGUCUACGCCACCACAGGGCGCAGGGUACCAAGGCCCGGUCCGCCAGGUGUUUGGAGCGAACCUGGCUGAGGCUGUGCGUUAUAACUCGCCUGUCGAUGUCGAUGUUCCCCUGCCGGCUGUUGUGUACAGAUGUAUCCAGUACCUGGACGCCAAGAAUGCCAUUCUCGAGGAGGGCAUCUUCCGUCUCAGCGGCUCCAAUGUGGUCAUCAAGCAGAUUCGGGAGCGGUUCAACAUUGAAGGCGACAUCAACCUCAUCACGGACGACGCGUUCUAUGACAUCCACGCCAUCGCGUCGCUCCUGAAGCUGUACCUGCGCGAGCUGCCUACGACGAUACUGACGAGGGACCUGCACAAUGAGUUCCUGUCCGUCACGGAGAUGACGAGCCCCAAGGACAAGGUCGCGGCUCUGAACGCACUGGUACAGCGCCUGCCGCUGGCCAACGCCACGCUUCUCAAGUACCUGCUCGCGUUCCUCAUCCGGAUCAUCAACAAUGCCGACAUCAACAAGAUGACGGUGCGCAAUGUCGGCAUUGUCUUUUCGCCGACGCUCAACAUCCCGGCACCCGUGUUUGCGAUGUUUCUGCUUAUCUACGAGCCCAUUUUUGGC